AAGACUAUUACUGUUUAGUCUCUUACACACAAAUUGAAAGUCCUUGGUUGAAGAAAAAAAAUAAAUAAAUCCACUAGUGUGCAAGAGUGAAAACCUUGCUGUGUUAGGGUUCUCAAAUAUGAAGAAUCAACAAUCUGAACAAAAUCAAACUCAAUUACACCAUAACGAAGAAGAUGAAGAAGAACACAACAACAUAGAACAAAGUAGUAGCAAAUCCCCUUCACCACCACUCCAUUCACUCUCCGACUCACCAAUCUCCGACGAUCACCGCUCCCUCCCUCUAGUCCUCGUGCAACCGCCGUUGGUCACGGCUCACCGGUUUCAGGUUGAGCCAGCUGUAGUCACCAGGGUAGAUCCCGGUGCAGAAGAGGGUUUUGUAGGUUUCAAAGAUGUUGAAGGAGAACAAGAACGAGACGCCGGUGGUGGUGGUGGUGGUGGUGGUGAUGGUGGUGGUGUUGAAGGAGAACGAGAACAAGACGCCACCAGUGGUGGUGGUGUUAAGAGGGGGUUAAGACCCGAUGUGAAGAGUUUGUUGAGGUCUGAAAAAGUUGUGAGUUUGAAUAAGGUUUUGUUGGGUCUUAGAGUUGCUGGUUUUGUUUUCUGUUUGGUUUCUUGGUCGGUUUUGGCUGCUGAUAGAAAAAAGGGUUGGGCUAUUGACUCUUUCUAUUUGUACAAGGAAUUCAGGUAUAGCUUAUCAGUGAAUGUGAUUGGGUUUGUCUAUUCUGCGGUGCAGAUAUGUGAUCUUGUGAAGUACUUGAUUACCAAAAAGCAUAUAGUGGAGCACAAGCUAAGGGGUUACUUUACUUUUGCACUGGAUCAGAUCUUGACAUACCUUCUAAUGUCGGCAUCCUCAUCGGCUGCCACUAGAGCUUAUGACUGGGAGUCCAACUGGGGUAACGACAAGUUCCCGUUCAUGGCAAAUGCAUCUGUGGUUUUGUCCUUCAUUGCUUUUGCGGCAUUUGCCCUGACUUCUCUAGUCUCAGGUUCUAUUGUUUGUAGGUUCAGAUAAUUUGUAUAAAUACAAGUGGAGUAUGCAAACUCUUAUAACUCUUAUAUAUUGGUUCUGAAUUGGUAGUAUCACAAGUUUUCAGAAAGAAUACUUUGUACAUAAAUGUAAAAAGUUCACUUUCUGCUUGUGUCGAUCUUAUAUUGUAAAGAUACUGAUGGGAUUGUAGUAUAGUAUCUCUUGUGCUUUUGGUAUUUAAUAAGAUGAUAUGCUUUAGCA